AUGUCGCCAUCUGGAUGAUUUCCCCGAACCAACUGAAUUAUGGCUCUACGCACUGUUGGAAUCGUUGGAAUCAUAAAAUAUCUCAACCGGCAGCUACUAAGACCAGAUAAAUUUCGCAGUUUAUCAACAAUGUCUCAACCCCUGGAUGCAAUAGCCGACGUCGACAUUGACCCGAAUGGUGUAUUCAAGUAUAUCUUGGUGCAGGUUCACGAUGAUAAUAAUAAACAGAGUAAACCAAUUGUCCGGGGCUACGCGAGGUGCCAGUGGCAUGCUGACAUUUAUGAUGAGAUUGGAAAUGAAUUGGCGAAAUAUAGACCUGGAGUUGAUACUGAGUGUGUGGGAGGUGGCAGGAUAAAUCACAAUGCUGAGGAGAAGAUUAUCAAAGUUUACGGUUACUCUCAGGGAUUUGGUAAAGCUGAUCAUGAAGUUUCUGUAAGACUUCUCAAGAAGAUGUACCCUGAUUACGACAUCACUUGCUCCGACGAGGGCUAUUAAAAUUCAUUUAAUCAAUAAAAAAUUAUCAAUAAUUGUAAUUAUUAUUUAUCAUGGAUUAAUAAAACCGAAUGAUUUUCACAUACGAUAAAAA